AUGGACGUGUUGGGCUGGACUCUUGUCUCUCGUACGUAUCCUAUCGUUGCUGAGUUGUUGAAGUUGUUGUUGAUGACGUCGGAGAGAGAUCCAAUGACUGGUCAAGAACACGUGCUAGUGCAGCGUCUGAGCGUCAAUCGCUACAACCUGCCACCCUCUUCUCCGAGACUGCACGACGAGAUCCGGUCCACACUGCCCUGGUUUAACGGAGAUUUGUUCAUGGAAGUUAUCUGUCGUCAACUGGAACACGGCAGCCCCGCACGAACCCUUCCGUCGUGCUAA